CGCCAGAUUCUUAUCAUUGUCCUGCUUUUCACACUCGGCAGCCAUGUCUGGGAGUCCAUUGAGGUUUUUCACUUUGCUUUCGUUGAUUGGAGGAGUGGCAUUACAAGAUUUGUGCCACACAAAUUAUGGAGGAACGUGUGUUAAUUAUUACUUUAAUAACUGCCUGUCUGGGUACUCCUAUACCAGGAGUGGUUGUGGCUUUCAGGAAAUGUGCUGUAUUCCUCCUAAGUUCCAAUUAACUCCUCCCAUUCACCCCGGUCAGUGUGGAUUAAGCACACCUAUAACGACACAUCAAUAUAAAAUAGUUGGAGGCACAAGGGCUAAACCUGGCGAAUUCCCAUGGCAGGUUUCAAUGAGAUCAAAUGGACAUCACGUAUGUGGCGGAAUACUCAUAGCUGACCAAUGGGUUCUCACGGCUGCCCACUGCUUUAAUGAGAACAAGAACCCUAGAGCUUGGACAGUAGUGGUGGGAGAAAAUGACCGGGCUGUGUUAGAGGGUCACGAAAUCCUAGAGAAGGUGGAUACACUUUUCGUCCACUCACACUAUAGUCCCAGUCAGUACUUUAACGACAUCGCAAUGUUAAAACUGGGGAACCGGGUUCCCUCUUUUACAGAGUAUGUUAGACCCGUCUGUCUACCAUCAGCCAAUGAGAGUUAUGAUGGAAUGAUUUGUACGGUGACCGGAUGGGGCGCUGCGUACAGCGGAGGUCAUGGCACACGGGGUCUGUACAAAGCGAACGUUCCUCUGAUUUCUAAUGCAGUUUGUUCAUAUCUAAUGGAUAAAACUAUUCCGGAUACGGAAGUUUGUGCAGGAAGAAAACAUGGCGGUGUUGACUCCUGUCAGGGGGAUUCUGGUGGGCCAAUGGUUUGUAUCAAAGAUGGCGUCUGGAAAAUAGUGGGGAUCGUGUCUUGGGGGUACUCCUGUGCCGAGGCCUAUCAGCCGGGGGUCUAUACCAGAGUCUCCUCUUACCUAGACUGGAUCCAGUCAGUCCUGGCGUACUAUGGCGCCCCCUCCGCUCCAGUCAUGGGGAAAAGAGAUGUUGUUCAGUAUCCAUAA